AUGGCUCCGCCGCCGAAGCAGCUUCCGUGUGAACUGGAGGAAGAGAUACUUGUUCGCCUUCCACUUCGAUCUCUUGUUCGGCUCAGAACUGUAUGUCAACGAUGGAACGCUCUCGUGGAAAACCACUUCUCUCGCUGUCGUCCUGGAUUCCUCUUCCUAGGCAGUCCCAAAAACUAUUCGAUAGACAUCAUCAACCCCAACAGCAUCGAUCCUACGAUACAGUUGCAUGAGCUACCCUACUCUGAUAUGCCUUACCCAGAACUACAUUACCGUCGCACCACCAUCAAGGCUUGCGAUGAGCUCUUGCUUUGUAACGAUGAUGGGUAUGGGAGAGUCUUGUCAGCUCUCUGGAAUCCGUGGUUGGGCCAGUUUAAACAGAUUAAGAACGGCGUUGAAAAGUUUCAUUAUAUUGGUUUAGGAUACGAGGUUACUGGUAGAAACAAUAAAGUUUACAAGAUUUUAGGUUACUUUGACGAUGCUGUGCCUGGUAGAGAAGCGUACAGGAGAGUAGCUAUCUACGAGUGUGCGUCUCACGUGUUUAAACAUAUAGACUUACCUAUAAGUAAGUGGCUUAUGUCUGGAGCUAGACGAAAUGUGUCCUUGAAUGGAAAUCUUUAUUGGGUUUCUAAUAAGUACAUCCGAAGCUUUGAUUUCGCCGUGGAUACUUUCCAACCCUUUUGCCUCCUUCCGUGUCAUAAAGAAAAAAGACGUGAUGAACUUCUUCUCCAGGUUUUUAAGGAAGAUCGUUUUUCGUUGUUGAAGCAAAGCUAUGUAACAAGGAAGAUUGACAUUUGGGUAACGAAUAAGAUCGGUAAAAAGGAAGUGGUGUGGACAAAAUUGAUGACUUUGCCAACAACUAACAUUCCAAGGCUAUUUGAACAGCAUUAUGGCACGAGUUACUUCGUCUAUGACAAGACUCUGUUGGUUUGUUGUUGCGAAAAUUCAACUAGUCUGCCUUGCAUCUACAUUGUCAGGGAAGAUCUGUGUAAGCAGAUUUAUAUAGAUUCUGGGAUUUUCCGGUGUUGUCACUGUGUUUACACUCCCGGUUUGAUCCAGGUUCCUUAA